AUGCAGCAGGUGACUAAGAAGACCACCUUGCUGAAUGAGUCCGAGCGCAAGGCAACGGAACUUCAGGAGGCCCUCGAUGCAAAAGAGCUGAAGAAGUUGGAGGAGGAUGCUGCCUGCAGUGCCCAAUAUCGUGACCGGGUGAAUCAGUUGGAGCAGCUCCAGGUGCAGCUUCAACAAGAACUGGACGGCGAGAAGCAGCUCCACUCGCAGACACGGGGUCAACUGGAAGAAAGCCAGCUGCAAAUCCAAGACCAAACCAGAGAUUUGAUUGAGCUCCGCAGCCAGUUGCAGGAAAGUGAAUCGCUUCAAAGGUCCCUGGAAGAGAAGUCUGCUGCCCAGGCCAAAGCUGCUGAAGAGCGACUUCGUGAGGUGGAGGAAAGCAAAGAGCUGCAUGCUGACUUGGAAGAGCGGUCCAAAGCAGAGGCUUGUGCAUUGGAAGACAAACUCAAGCAGGCAGAAGAGGAACAUCUGAAGUCCACUUCAGAGGUCUCUCGCUUAAGCGCGCUGCUCGAGGAAACCAGGGAGCUCCACAGGGACUUGGAAGAGAGAUCCAAAACACAGGCCAAAGUCUCCGACGAAAAAGCGGCAGAGUUGCAAGAGGAAUCCUCAAAGUCCAUGGCAGAAGUAUCGCGUCUCUCUGCGCUCCUGGAGGAAAGCAAAGCGCGGCACACUGACUUGGAAGAGCGGUCCAAAGCAGAGGCUUGUGCAUUGGAAGACAAGCUCAAGCAGGCAGAAGAGGAACAUCUGAAGUCCACUUCAGAGGUCUCUCGCUUAAGCGCUCUGCUCGAGGAAACCAGGGAGCUCCACAGGGACUUGGAAGAGAGAUCCAAAACACAGGAAAGCAAAGCGCGGCACACUGACUUGGAAGAGCGGUCCAAAGCAGAGGCUUGUGCAUUGGAAGACAAGCUCAAGCAGGCAGAAGAGGAACAUCUGAAGUCCACUUCAGAGGUCUCUCGCUUAAGCGCGCUGCUCGAGGAAACCAGGGAGCUCCACAGGGACUUGGAAGAGAGAUCCAAAACACAGGCCAAAGUCUCCGACGAAAAAGCGGCAGAGUUGCAAGAGGAAUCCUCAAAGUCCAUGGCAGAAGUAUCGCGUCUCUCUGCGCUCCUGGAGGAAAGCAAAGCGCUGCACACUGACCUGGAAGAGCGGUCCAAAGCAGAGGCUUGUGCAUUGGAAGACAAGCUCAAGCAGGCAGAAGAGGAACAUCUGAAGUCCACUUCAGAGGUCUCUCGCUUAAGCGCUCUGCUCGAGGAAAGCAAAGCGCUGCACACUGACCUGGAAGAGCGGUCCAAAGCAGAGGAACAUCUGAAGUCCACUUCAGAGGUCUCUCGCUUAAGCGCUCUGCUCGAGGAAACCAGGGAGCUCCACAGGGACUUGGAAGAGAGAUCCAAAACACAGGCCCUGCACACGUUGGGCUUCAUUGCAGCAGACUGGGAGUUCCUUCCAGGGUUUUGCUUCGCAGUGCCAUGCCGUAUCGCGUGUUCCGGGCUGUGUCGUAUGUCAGACUUCGGCAAGGAAUCCUCAAAGUCCAUGGCAGAAGUAUCGCGUCUCUCUGCGCUCCUAGAGGCAUCUGGGCUUGCGAUCCAAGAAAGCAAAGCGCUGCACACUGACUUGGAAGAGCGGUCCAAAGCAGAGGCUUGUGCAUUGGAAGACAAGCUCAAGCAGACAGAAGAGGAACAUCUGAAGUCCACUUCAGAGGUCUCUCGCUUAAGCGCUCUGCUCGAGGAAACCAGGGAGCUCCACAGGGACUUGGAAGAGAGAUCCAAAACACAGGCCAAAGUCUCCGACGAAAAAGCGGCAGAGUUGCAAGAGGAAUCCUCAAAGUCCAUGGCAGAAGUAUCGCGUCUCUCUGCGCUCCUGGAGGAAAGCAAAGCGCUGCACACUGACUUGGAAGAGCGGUCCAAAGCAGAGGCUUGUGCAUUGGAAGACAAGCUCAAGCAGACAGAAGAGGAACAUCUGAAGUCCACUUCAGAGGUCUCUCGCUUAAGCGCUCUGCUCGAGGAAACCAGGGAGCUCCACAGGGACUUGGAAGAGAGAUCCAAAACACAGGCCAAAGUCUCCGACGAAAAAGCGGCAGAGUUGCAAGAGGAAUCCUCAAAGUCCAUGGCAGAAGUAUCGCGUCUCUCUGCGCUCCUGGAGGAAAGCAAAGCGCUGCACACUGACUUGGAAGAGCGGUCCAAAGCAGAGGCUAGUGCAUUGGAAGACAAGCUUAAGCAGACAGAAGAGGAUCAUCUGAAGUCCACUUCAGAGGUCUCUCGCUUAAGCGCUCUGCUCGAGGAAACCAGGGAGCUCCACAGGGACUUGGAAGAGAGAUCCAAAACACAGGCCAAAGUCUCCGACGAAAAAGCAGCAGAGUUGCAAGAGGAAUCCUCAAAGUCCAUGGCAGAAGUAUCGCGUCUCUCCGCGCUCCUGGAGGAAAGCAAAGCGCUGCAUGCUGACUUGGAAGAGCGGUCCAAAGCAGAGGCUUGUGCAUUGGAAAACAAGCUCAAACAGGCAGAAGAGGAACAUCUCAAGUCCACGGGGGAGAUUUCUCGCUUAAACGCGCUUCUUGAGGCGAGCCAAGAUCAAUGCAGCCAGCUGCAAGAGAAAUCCAUGGCACAGGCAAGAAUGUCCGAUGACAAAGCAGUCGAACUGCAAGAGGCCUCCUGCAGGGCCCAAGGCGAAGCGGUCAGGCUCGCGGCCUCUCUGGAGGAAAGCCGAGCUCAACACAAUGAGCUUCUAGAGAAGACGGAGAUGAUGAAAGCAGAGGUCGUUAAAUUGGAAGAGCAAUUGAAUAGCUCAGAGGAGG